UUUAAUUUCCCCUAAAAAAAGAAGUAAUUAUUUUCUCCCAAUGAAUUUCCUCGAAGAAGAACAUUAGAAAAACAAAAUGUCAAAAACUGAAAAAACAACGAAACCAAUCAAAUUCGUCCAUUUUUCAGUCUUUCCCUCUUUUCUUUUUUCUCCCAAUCAGUCUUCAGAUUCCCAAAAAAAAGAAAGAAAGAUUCUUUUGUCACCGGAGUUUUCACCGGAACUUUAAACGAUGGAUUCACCGAACUGGGAACUCCGAGGUUGCUGUAACCGAAACCAGAACGCGUUCCUCAUCACCAUCGGAAUCUUCACCGUUGUUAUCCUUUUGCUAUGGAGGACAUUUCUGUUGACUCCAUUUAAAUUAAUCACGGUGUUUUUGCACGAAGCGAGUCAUGCUGUUGCUUGCAAGCUUACCUGUGGAGAUGUGGAGGGGAUGGAGGUGAAUGCAAAUGAAGGGGGUUCGACAACGACACGUGGUGGCAUUUAUUGGCUCAUCUUACCUGCUGGCUAUCUUGGCUCAUCAUUUUGGGGAAUGGCUUUGAUUCUUGCAUCUACCAAUCUGCUUACAGCAAGAAUAGCUGCUGCUGGUCUUGGUCUUGCUUUAUUCAUCGUCCUCUUCAUUGCCAAAAACUGGACGCUUCGAGGUCUUUGUAUAGGUUUCAUAGUUUUCCUCGCUAUCAUCUGGGUUCUACAAGAGUUAACCACAGUCAAAAUUCUCCGCUAUGUCAUUCUGUUCAUCGGUGUAAUGAAUAGCUUAUUCUCAGUUUACGAUAUCUACGAUGAUCUGAUAUCACGGAGAGUCCAUUCAAGCGAUGCUGAGAAGUUUGCAGAGAUCUGUCCUUGCUGUACUGGUUGUGGCUGGGGCGUCAUUUGGGGAAUGAUAUCUUUUGCGUUUCUUUGUGCAUCGUUGUAUCUUGGUCUAGUGAUCCUAUCAUGAAAAAGGUUCAGAUUCUUUCCAGUGAAAUGCAGAGUCUGCUUUCAUCAUCUAUGGCGCAUUUUUUUAACAGAAACAAUAGUUUGAUAAAAAAAAAGCUUGAUUCUUUAGAUCCUUUGAUAUGAUUGGGUUCCAUUUACAUUUGAUUGAAAGUUUAGGGGUUUAUUUGAAAAGUUUGUAUGUAUUAUCCCUUUUCAUUUUUUGGAGUGUGUUGAAUAGAAUUUCAUUGAUUGGUCUGUUUUAAUGCAUUGAAAGUCCAUUGACUUCUUCAACACCAUAAUAGUCCGUUGACUAUUAGUUUCUUGUUCUUGAAUAAUAUUCAAAACUGGGGAUAUGGACGACAUAGUUAUCC